AUGGAGUUGUGUUCCCAUAGUCUACAAAAGAUUCUUCAAUACAAACCACAAGUAUUUGGUCGACAACCGGGAGAACCCAUGAAUUCAAUCGAGUUUUACAUUUCGUGUCAUAUAUUCAAAGAGAUCUUAGAAUGCGUUCAAUAUUUACAUGAUUUAAAACCUCCGGUCAUUCAUAGAGACCUUAAACCAGACAAUAUAUUAGUGGGGAAGACUUUAAGGAAUGGCCGGUAUUUAAAAGUGGCUGACUUUGGGUUGGCGUCACUGCAUUCCAGUUCGUCUGGAAGUCAUACGACAGGAGUGGGAACUAUUCAAUACAUGGCACCGGAAACUCGAUGUGUGUUCCCAUUCAUAGCACUCGACCCGAGUGUUCACAAUGGAAAAGAGAUCGAAUUGGACGAAGGAAAACAAAAGAGAGGGAUGGAAAAGAGACUAUGGGUUAGAACGAUGUUCGAUAUUAAGUGA